GUCCGCGCUGUGCCUGCACUCUAUGUCUAUGGUUUAUUCAUUGUCAUUGGGGUCCUCGCAGUUUAGGUGUCCGCGCUGAUUGCCUGCUCGUUGCUGCCGGUCCUGUCAGGCUGCUCUCCGUGUCUCUGCUCCGGUAACGCCAUGUCCGAGGAUACCGAGCGCUCCGAUGGCCGCAUUGUCAAGAUGGACGUGGACUACAGCGCCACGGUGGACCAGCGGCUGCCCGAGUGCGAGAAGCUGGCAGCGGUGAGAUGGGAAAUGGGGGCCGCAGGCUGAGCCACCCCGGGCAGGCUAGGCCUCAGCCACCCCAAAUACUGGGAGCCGGGGGACACCCCCAAAUAGUGAGAGCCGGGGGACACCCCCAAAUAGUGAGAGCCGGGGGACACCCCCAAAUAGUGAGAGCCGGGGGACACCCCCAAAAAGUGAGAGCCGGGGGACACCCCCAAAUAGUGAGAGCCGGGGGACACCCCCAAAUAGUGAGAGCCAGGGGGACACCCCCAAAUAGUGAGAGCCAGGUGGACACCCCCAAAUAGUGAGAGCCAGGGGGACACCCCCAAAUAGUGAGAGCCAGGGGGACACCCCCAAAUAGUGAGAGCCAGGGGGACACCCCCAAAUAGUGAGAGCCGGGGGACACCCCCAAAUAGUGAGAGCCGGGGGACACCCCCAAAUACUGAGAGCCGGGGGACACCCCCAAAUACAGAGAGCCGGGGGACACCCCCAAAUACAGAGAGCCGGGGGACACCCCCAAAUACUGGGAGCCGGGGGACACCUCCAAAUACAGAGAGCCAGGGGACACUCCCAAAUACUGAGAGCCGGGGCCACACCCCCCAAAUACUGAGAGCCGGGGCCACACCCCCAAAUACUGAGAGCCGGGGGGACACCCCCAAAUAGUGAGAGCCGGGGGACACCCCCAAAUAGAGAGAGCCGGGGGACACCCCCAAAUAGAGAGAGCCGGGGGACACCCCCAAAUAGAGAGAGCCGGGGGACACCCCCAAAUAGAGAGAGCCGGAGGACACCCCCAAAUAGAGAGAGCCGGAGGACACCCCCAAAUAGAGAGAGCCAGGGGGACACCCCCAAAUAGUGAGAGCCAGGGGGACACCCCCAAAUAGUGAGAGCCAGGGGGACACCCCCAAAUAGUGAGAGCCGGGGGACACCCCCAAAUAGUGAGAGCCGGGGGACACCCCCAAAUACUGUAACUGUCUGCAUGUACCCCAAAUCUACAGCAAUCCCCAAUACACUAACUGCCCAAAUCUACAGCAAUCCCCAAUACACUUACAGGGCAUACAAUACACACCUUGCCCACGAAACCCCUGCUUUUCAUCAGGUAUUGUCUAUUAAACCACUGAAUGCAUGUGUUUAGAACUUCUCAUGAUCCCAUGUUCAGGUAUAUUUUUCUCAGGGCUACAUGCAAGAAUAGAAAGGAUUUUGGCUGUGUCUUACUGCUGGUUAUUUUAUCAAUCACCUUAGGGUGGUUAUCAAAGGGAGGUGAUUUAUAGCAUAAUAUAAUGUAUAAAUAGAGCAGAAUUGUAUUUGGGGAUAUAUUUUGACUAACAAAAACAUAAAAAGAUGUUAAAGAACAAAUGUUUAACUUGUAAAUAAAUCUGUUUUUCUGCAGGAAGGGCGACUACAGGAGGUGGUUGAAACACUGCUCUCUUUAGAAAAGCAGACCAGGACGGUAUGUUAACUAUGCAGCACUUGUUACAUUUAAAUGGCAUCAUGGAUGUUACCAAUGCGAUAGGCACUCUGCUCCUGUAUAUAUUCCUUUGCUAGCAGAAUCUUUAGAGAUUAAGUAUUUAAAUAAUGUUCUAAUUCAGACCUCAUCUGCGGGGAGAAAUAUCCUACUUCGUCUGAGAUGGUUACUACUUACAAAUGUGUGUGUAUCUGAUUGACUCCAUUAAAUUAUCCAUUUGGUAGUGGCAGAAGUGAUCUUCAUGCAAAUGUAUUUUAUUGGAAAUAUGUCCAGAACAAAAUAUAGUAUACUCACUUAAAACAUUUAUUGUAUCUAUUUAUCUAAUUUCCAAAACAUUUUAUUAUGGAAUUUUUUUUUUGGAUCUGUUGUUUGCAGGGGCUGAUUAUUCUUUCAUUUUUGCACACAAGUAAAACUGGUCCACUUUGUUAUUAUGAUUCUGCAAAUGCCAAAGUACGGUGGAUGACUUCAAAUUCCUUAAUAAAUAUCCACCCAUAUGUAUAUUAUUUUUUCAUUAGCUUACUUUAGUCAAAUUUGUAAUUCUUGACUGCCCUGAAAUCAUUUUGUUUUUACUCUUUGAAAUGGUAUUCUUCCCUGGCUAUAAAUCCUAAACACUCUCUUGCUCCUCGAGUGAUUCCGUGCUAAUUUUCCAUCUGAAUAUAUGACUUUACUCUUUUUGGAAUCCAAGAUGUUUGAACUACAUGUCCCAUGAUGCUCAUUUAAUUUGGGUGUAGCUCAUAAAUGUAUGGGGUGCCAAGGUUAUCCGAGCCUAGUGAGAAGACACUGGAGGGCAGUAACCCCUGAUAUGUAAGAAACAAGUCAUAUAUUUACGGGAGCCUAUUUAUUUUUCACAGGCUUCAGAUAUGGUUUCCACUUCUCGUAUCUUGGUGGCUAUUGUUAAAAUGUGCUAUGAAGCCAAGGACUGGGAUUUGCUUAAUGAAAACAUCAUCCUUCUUUCAAAGAGGAGGAGCCAACUCAAACAGGUGAGUGUGAAGACUGCUUUUUAUUGGCUCAUUCUGAGGAUGUGGAUUAUUUAUUUAUAAAAUAUUUUACCAGGAAGGAUACAUUGAUAUUUCUCUCGUUUUCAAGUAUGUCCUGGGUCCACAUGCUUUCACUCAUGGCCUAAAUGGCAGCAGACAAUUUAAAAGCAAAGAGGGAACUUCUAAUAUAUAGCCGUUUCUGUUGAGAACAUUGAUUGCUAACCUUUACCACAGAUGAACUACUCUGUGUUUGCCAGCUGCCUCGGCAUCAUAGGCAGCAUAGUCCACAUCUGCCGGAGUGAGAUAAUGUCAGCCAUUCCUUUUUUAGAAUUUUUUUUGUACCCUUUGGUGAUGCUAACCGAAAUCUUAAUUAUUUUAUAUUGUAACUGAUUGGGUAACAAUGUAAUUGUACUAUGUCCCUAAAGGGCUUGUUGGCUCCCUAACUCAGUGAGCAUGUUUAUACCAAAUAAACUUCAAUAUCCUUGUUUUGUUUGCAUUGCAGGCGGUUGUGAAAAUGGUACAGAAAAGCUGUGAGUAUGUAGAGGAGAUCACAGACCUUACCACUAAACUGCGGUUGAUCGACACACUCCGAUCUGUUACAGAGGGAAAGGUGAGGUCUCUCUUCAUUGACAAAAAUGUCCAAUUUCUUUUGUAGCAGUUACUAUUUGUUUGCUUAGUAAAAUGAAUCAUUUCUGCGGCUUUGUACUUGGAGUAUAUUUAAAGAUCAUCUGUGUUUAUGUCCCCUAGCUGUAUUGUCAUGUGCGGAUGUGGCAUCAGUUGUAAAAUAAGGAUAUCUGAGUGUGGUAGUGAGGGUGUUUGUAAGUGUGGGUGACAUUAUUUCAUAUUUGGACAUUUGAGUGUGUAUAUAUAUAUAUAUAUAUAUAAAAUAUAAUUAAUACUGGGCACAGUUUAGCCCUUUGCUCACAGUCUGUUAUUGCCAUCGAAGUUAGACUAGGUCUUUAAAGGAAAAUUUCUCAUUAUUUUGGCUGCGGCAGAGAGAGGUCAUGCUUUAGGUAGAAGGGCAGCCCUGUAUUUGAUGUGAAUAGAUUGUCCAUUUAAGUACUCUGAUGACUCCCUACUUGUAUAGAAUGUGGUAAGAUUGACACAACUUUCUUGCUUUGUCUUUUGCAGAUAUACGUAGAGAUUGAACGUGCUCGUAUCACUAAAACACUGGCUGGUAUGAAAGAGGAGAGCGGGGAUGUGACAGAGGCUUCAUCCAUUUUACAAGAACUUCAGGUAACUGUCUCUAAACUCAUCAAUAACUUGCUAACCAAGGAAACUUGGUGACCAUAGAGCCAGGAUUACAAGAUGGAUCUAUUAUUUUUAUUACACUCCAAUAUUGUACAUAUCUGUGUAUCAGCCUCUUGCUCUCACAAACUAAAUUGAAUCAUCUGUAAACUGAGAGGCUGUUAAGGCUCACUCAGCCGAUCUUAUAAUGCAACUGGUGCUUGGGCCUGAAAUGCAUAUCCCAUCAUUUUUUGCUGAAUAUGUAUUCAUGAGAUAAAUCUCUCCCUGUGCAUCAUUGUCUGAUUGGCAGACUCUCUUGCUGGUCUAUGAAGAGCUCACUGCACAUGCUGCAUGGAAAUUUUUAAGGAAUGUAUCUUAUUUCACAUGGGUAAUGCAAUGUCUAUAUAAGGGAUUUAAAAAUUGGGGUCACUAUCAACAUUGAUCCAAAAGAUGCUCGAUUUAGUGGCAGAUCUUUUCAACAUGUGGAGGGAGAUGCGUUACAGAUAGAUUAUGCACAGAAUUCCAAUCCUGAACCUUGAUCAAUUCUUUAAAAAAAUUGGCUAUAUGAAAAUAUAGAAGAGCUUGUUCCAAAUUACUUGAUACAUUACUGCAAAACAACAAAAUUUGUCUAAAGAUAUAGCAAUACAUUUCUUGAGACCUUUCUGUUGGACAAUCUAGACUAUCAUAGAAAGUCUUGUUUGAGCUCACUCUCUUGCACAUUUCCGAUUUAGUUCUUUAUAUUAUUUAUGACCUAUAAAAACCACAGUGAAUACUUCUUAUACUUGAAUAAUAAUUUGUUAAAAGCCAGGUGUAAGACCCUGGGUGGCUUUGAAGAGAUCACUGCUUUCUGCCCUUUUGUAUCCUGUCUUUGUCUGAAAUGUUUAACAUCAAUGUUAAAGUUCUGCCUCUUUAAUUUUAUUCUUUAAAAAAAGAAAGGGACACUUAUCUAUGGAGUCCAGAAAUAGAUUCAAGUUUGGCUAAAAUUGUAACAUAAUGAAUUAGAUUCUCUCUCUCUCUGUUCCUUGAGAUAAUCUUGUUUCCUUUGUGAUUAUUUUGCCAUUUUAGGUGGAGACGUAUGGUUCAAUGGAGAAAAAGGAGAAAGUGGAAUUUAUUUUGGAGCAGAUGCGACUCUGUAUUGCUGUUAAAGAUUACAUUCGAACCCAAAUCAUCAGCAAGAAAAUCAACACCAAGUUUUUCCAAGACGACAACACAGAGGUAAAUCCCGUGCGUCAUUGUGCUGAUUAGUGUCUUCUGUCUGUUUUGAUUUCCAUGAAUGUUGUAGGCUCCGUGUUUUUUCCAUCUGCUUUAGUGUUUACUAUCUGCUAAGCACUGGAAAUAGGCAAGUGCAGAUCUAUAAAGUUCCUGUCUGUAUUUUAUUAAUGAGUGACACUCUGUAUUGCCUUCAUGUAUGAGUGAUUGGAAGAGGAAUACUGUGCUAAUAUCGAGCAGUACUCCACAUUAUGUGAAACUGUACUGAGUGCUGAUAUGAAUGCUUGGCACAGAAGUUUGAGAAUACUCUAGUUUUCUUGGCAACUGCUUAUUUCACACAAUGUCUCGUCAAUCUUCUGUUCUAGAACCUGAAACUGAAAUAUUACAAUUUAAUGAUUCAACUGGACCAACACGAGGGCUCCUAUUUAUCAAUCUGUAAACACUACCGAGCCAUUUACGACACCCCAUGUAUCCAGGCCGAGAGUGAAAAGUGGCAGCAGGUAAGAAGAGAUUUCCAUUAUUCACAUGUACACAAGCAGAGCUUUCAACCUGACACGGCUAGUGAUUUCUCACUGCAAGAUCUUCCACCGAGUUCGUGUGCAUCUAUUUCCUGUCGAAAUCAAUUUCAUUUCAAUUCGCUAUACGUGUGUGCUAAAGGAUCAUGGGUGUUGUAUUUUUGUGGCUACGUGUCAAUUGUUUAAUUUUGUGAAGGUAAUACAAUUAUUGGCUAAUGACAUGAGACGAUUCCUGUUUAGUAAAAACAUGGCAAGUGUAAUGGGGAAUUAUUUAUCUGAAAAAGGUUUGAUUUUAUUUAUCAAUUUUACAUGUAAUUAAAUGGAUUUUAUUCUUGGAGACCUAGAGGAAUGGAAUCUAAUAUUGCUUUUUGUUGAGCAGUAUUUUGUCAUUUUAACAUUUUUGACCUGUUAAAAUGCAGCCUGUUAAAGUAAUGCAGCUAUGUAGACAAACAAGCCUCCUGUCCUGCGUGGUCUCUGUUGGAUGCUCAACUGCAUGAUCACAAGUGUACAUUAAUUCUAUAGUAUGACAUAGCUGCAUAACUAACAUAUGGUGUAAUUUGCAUUGAAACAUUUUAUGAUGCUCCCAUUUCAAGUUUAAAGCUUGCUCGAUUCAUUAAAAAAUAGACUCAUGCAGGGUUUAUUAUUUGCAUUUUAGAGAAAUCACACCAAAUUAGUAGAAGCAUUAAAUGAGUUUAAGUCCCCUUUCAAUUUGUGUAAAACCUGGGGGAAAAAUAACCAACCCCCACCAAUGAGCACGAAGGGAGGUGGGAGGGGAGAUUUGUCUUCCCCAUGCAUGUGCUCUGCUUGGAAGGGGAAGAUUUUAAAGUCAGACAUAGUUUAUGCACAGAAUUGACGUUAGGCCAAGCUGAAACACAGCACAUACAGACUCCUACCACCAUGACCACUUUAAAUCACCUAAAUGGUCAUGGUGGUUGGAGUGACCCUUUAAUAUGUACAUUUAACUGACACACAUGCUGUCUUACAUCCUUACCAAUAGGCUUUGAAGAGCGUUGUGCUUUAUGUAAUCCUCUCACCGUACGACAAUGAACAGUCCGACCUGGUCCAUAGAAUAAAUACUGACAAAAAAUUGGAAGACAUCCCAAAAUAUAAGUAAGUAAAGGAUUUCACUGGUAUAGUAAUAGUGUUUUUGGUUAAUCAAUACUUAUCUUAAGGCCAGCUGAGCAUCAUGGGAUAUGUAGCUGUAGCCAAGUCUUACCAUUAUUGGCUUAAGUAACCAGCGUUGAUAAUGGUGUUCGUAGAUCACAAUAGAGUUUGGGCCAACACUGUGGCCAUGCUGAACUAUUCUGGCCAAUGUCAAGUAUUUCAUUACUUUAGUUGGGUAGAUUCUGUAGGAAGUAAAGUCUGAUGGUCUUUCAGUAGUUGCUAAGAUACCAACCCCUAUUGUGUUCUCCAGGGACCUGUUGAAGCUCUUCACUACUAUGGAACUGAUGCGCUGGAGUAACCUGGUAGAGGAUUAUGGGAAGGAACUCAGGGAAGGGUCUCUGGACAGCACAGCAACAGAUGUUUUUAGCUACACCGAAGAGGGAGAGAAACGAUGGAAAGACCUGAAAAACAGGGUGGUGGAACAUGUAAGUCCUCUCUGAAUGGAGAGGUAGCAGAUGACCAAUUAAGUGCAGUCUGCUGCUGUGAUUGCACAUUGUACACAAACAUAGGAUUGCUAUUAAUUUUAUCUUUAUAUUGUACUAGCCAAACAGACGGAGAGGUGCUUCUGAAAUACGGGUGGGGAGAAUAAAAUUAUGAAAACACAUUCCAGCCCAUGUUUUUAGUUUUUCAACAUUCACAAUGUACAAACAGAAUUAUUAGCCGUUUAGAACUGGAUUAUUUUUUUGUGAAUAUCCCUUUGAGGACAUCGCUUCAGAAGCCUGUCUCGCACUUAAGAACACAAGUAAUUCUGCAUUUUUUGCUGUUUGUGCUCAACUGCAGUUUGCGUUUUUCUAAUUUAUUGCAUCAACACACAUUAUACACCUUUUUUAAAAGGGGGAUUUAAUUUGAUGUGACCUACAUGAAUUCCAAUUUAUAAUAGAAAAUUAAAAAAUAAAUAAAAACAAUUCCGCCCCUCCGCCCUACAAGUUGGCAAUAAUAAUGUGUGUGUGUGUGUGUGUGUGUAACUGCAGCUUAGAAAUGUAAUUCAAAAUGAAUUAUUUUAUUUGCCCCAACUUAGGGUACAUAAUGGCUAGUAUUUCAGUUUAUUUUCAUAGUUACAGGUCACAAAAUCCAAGGAGUAAAAUAACAUUUCAAUGUGAAACAAUUUUAGAAGUUGAUAUUUAUUUUAUUUAUAAAAUAUUUUACCAGGAAAGAUACAUUGAGAUUUCUCUAGUUUAAGUAUGUCCUGGGUAUGUUUAUCAAGCUUAAUACCCAUCACAGAAAACAACAUUGCCAUACAAACAUAUAUAUUUUUGUAAAGUAGGUAUUUUAACGUUUCUAUGGCUAGAAUUUUCAUAGAUGGUUUUGAUGGACCCUCACUUUGGGGCAUUAUAGCAGUUUGACUGUUCAAAUAACCCUACAAAGUUCUACCAUUUGUAAAAGACGACACUACGGGGUAUCUCAUACGGCAUGUAUUGUGCCUUAACUUGCCACCUCUUUUCACCAGUUUGUCAAUGUUUGUGGUUAAAAAAACACAUUUUUUUUUUUUACAAGUUCCUUUUAAUGUUAUUUGGUGUUAAUAGAUUUGUUUGCUCGUUGAUGUAACUUGGUGAUACUGCAUAAAACUAGUACAAUUUUAAAUGUAUUUAUUAAUUUUAAUCUUUAUUUGGGCUCUAGGUCACAGCCAGGUUUUUGGAUUCCCCGUUUGUCUCUAUUGUUUCCAAAUAUGAGCUCCCUUUAUUUGUGAAAUGUGAUACUAUAUGUAUGAGCUAUUAUAUUUUAUACGUGGUAUGUUUCUCUUAUUGCAGAAUAUUAGAAUUAUGGCUAAAUAUUACACCAGAAUCACCAUGAAAAGAAUGGCACAGUUGUUGGAUCUCUCCAUUGAUGUAAGUACUACGCACUAGCACUACUUUAGCGCAUGCCGUAGGCCAGCAGCCGUUUUAAGAGAUUUUUCAGAUGAAGUUGUUUAUUUGGCACAUCCAUAGAUUAUUUUUUAUUUAUUUUUUUGCCAUUUGUUCAUUUAAUAAUUCUCUCCCACUAGUUGGUAUACAGACAACAAAACUUCAUUUCAUAAACCGGUCUGAAGGGUUUGUGUUUAUACCUACAUUUCAUUAUUUUUCUUUACUUUAUUUCCAGGAAUCUGAAGAAUUCCUCUCCACUCUGGUGGUGAAUAAGACUAUCUAUGCUAAAGUAGACAGACUGGCCGGGAUUAUCAACUUCCAGAGGCCCAAGGACCCUAACGACCUCCUCAAUGACUGGUCCCAAAAACUGAACUCCUUGAUGGCGUUGGUAAACAAGACCACCCAUCUCAUAGCCAAAGAGGAGAUGAUCCACAAUCUGCAAUGAGCCAUGCAGUGCCUUACUAACCAGCGGAUCGCUAGUGCUGGAUCAGUAUGUCCUUUCUCUCCUGGGGGCUGCUCUCUGUAUUGUUGGCUCAUGUUACAGACACUCUGGCAGCAAAUGGGUAAAGAAUGGGUUGGACCAGUGCUUGUUAUUUUUUUUUAUGUUCUCUUUUAAGUUUAAGAGCAAGAAAUUAAGGAAUGCUGAUUGUUAAACCUUAAUAAUAAAACACAUGUACACCUGCCUGUGUUACCGCCAUUAGUGUUCCUGUAGAAAGAUCCAGCUCUAUAUUGCUUUUGACUUUUUUGUUUUUUUUAUGAGGGGGAGAGGUCGUUUCUGAUGGUUUUUGUAAAACAUUAAAGUGUAUCAGGCAGUGGAAACCUGGCACCGUGUGGUUUAUUAAUGUGGCUCUUGGACAACUUUAAAGUUAUUACAAAGACAACAUCGUUCUGUUUAUGCAGUGAUGGCAGUGUUACAAGGCAUGGUAAAGGUGUGACGCAAGAUCCAUAGGAAGAGUUUACAGAAACUCAUUGGAUAUUCUGCCUGUAUAUCUCUAAAUCUGCACAGAAUUCUUAUUUUGCUUAUCGGACGGAUUAAGAAUCUCAAAUCAAGAUUCUGUUUACACUACAUAUACAGUAUGCAUUUCUCUGCUUAGUAAAUUGUAUUUCUUACAAGGAGAAAAAAAAAAAAGCCAGAAAGCUAUGAAACGUAUUAACAAAUAAAAUGGAUCUCUGCUAUAUGGGGAUUUAAUUUAAUGGAAUUAUGGAUUCUAUAUUCUGUGCUUACUUGCUUGGAAGGGCAAUAUCACACACAUUUUGCAAGCAUGGAUCAUAUUAUAAACUCAGACAGGCACUAAAGCUGCACUGUCAGAAUUUGCAAAGACCUGUAACGCGGUAACAUAGCUGCUUGCGGUCCAGGCACGCAGGCAAAGGUGAGAUUUACUUACCUGAAUUAGUACCUUGUGUGUGCAAACAUCUUUACCCGGCAGGUCCUCUUCAGCGGAGCUGACAAGAGUACAAUUUUGGAACUAUGGAGGAUCCCACGAGACUGCAGAUCGAGCCAAUUCCCUGCAGGUGUCACUGGUGAUGGCUGGGGUAUUGACACUUCUAAACUGUGGCAGUCCCCACUUUGUCUCUGUAUAUCUCAGAAUUUCAGUGAAAUUCUAUCUUAAUAAAAUACUAAUUUUUCGAGGGGGUGGUUUGACAGUGCUACUUUAACAAUCAUGAGUCAGCAAUACUCAGCUGUCCAUCCUCCGUUUUAUAAACACACUUCCGAUAAAGUCUUGCCCAUGUAUUCAUUUCUGAGCCACAAAAGGCUCUAGCUUUGCUAAACUCUGCCAUACAUCCAGUUAGUCCUCCUGUAUCAAGCAGUCACAUUUUUUGUUAUGUAGUCAAAAGGUAGACCCCCUCAGCCACUGUGAAGCUACAAAUCCCAUGAUGCAUUAGUAGCCUUAAAGGAGCAGUGUAGGCAAUGUAACCAUAUCCACACAUUGCACAGGUGCCUGGAAUUCCCGUAGUCAAUGGGUCAUGCAUCCUUACUAAAUGAUUUACUCACCAUUUACUAGAGAUUCUCAGUACCUGGAAGCCUGAAACAACGGUUUGUCCUCUUACCUUGGUCCCCGCCGGGCAAUGACAAAACAUAAAAAAAAAAACUGUAAAUGGUUGGAUUUUAUUGAUUCAUGUUUGUUGUAAACCGUUUUCACUUGCUUUUGUGGAAAAGAACCAAAUAGAUUGCUUAAAGAGAUACUCCGGCC